AAAAAAAAAAAAAAAAAGGAAGGAAAUGGCACACACAGAGAGAUAAAACAACAGACCCAGAGGCUAAAAUAGGAACAGAAAUUGAUGAAAAUAGGCACAGGGAGCAGAGUCAGAGGCACAGGGAGAGUAUGACAUGCUAAGAACACAAAUAUGUAUUUGACACGAUUACUGUUCAAAAAUCAAAGCUACAAGUCUGGGGGAAAAGAGAAAUUAAGAAACAUUUUGAUCAUUUGUAUUGUCAAAAACAAACCCAGCUUUAUGUAAGGAGAAACUUUAUUUGAAAGGAUGUUGCAAUAAGGGGAAGGGAAUCUUACAACAGGGAGAAUGUUCUUGACAAAAAUUUGAAAGCAUUUCAAAUACCAGGCAGAGAAGUCUUCAUUUUCUGUUGCUGUUAGGUGCCUUGGAGUCGGUUCCCACUCACAGUGACCCCGAGCCGAGGUACAAUGGAAGGAAACACUCCCCAGUCUUGUGCAUCCUCACAAUUGUUGCUAUCUUUGAGUCCAUUGUUGUAGCCACUGUGUCAAUACAUCUUCUUGAGGGUUCUCCUCCUUUUCACUGACCCUCUACUUUACCAGAAGCCCUGGCGGCGCAGUCGUUAAAGAGAUCGCCUGCUAACCUGAAGGUCAGCCGAUUGAAUCCACCAGACGCUCCCUGGAAACCCUAUGGAGCAGUUCUACUCUGUCCUACAGGGUCACUAUGAGUCGGAAUGGACUCCGCGACAACGGGUUUUGGUUUUCUGCCUUACCAAGUAUGAUGUGCUUUUCCAUGGACUAGCCUGACUGAUAACAUCUCCAAAGUAGGGAUCAGAUAAAGUCUAACAUUGUCAGUAAGAUACUUGUAAAAGAGCUAUGGCAUAACUAGGCGAGUCCUGGGAGGGAGAGGAAGGGUUGCAGACUGCACCAAAGGACACUGUCAGAGGGAGUGACAGCGUGCAAGGCAGCCAGCCAGGCGUGCGGGGCAAUGUGAGGCUGCGUGUCCUGCCACAGGCGUGGACCAAACAGCAUGUCUUAAAGAACAAUUAAAAUAAUUGCUGAUUUACCUUCAAACACACCUCUAGUUUGACCUUUGGAGUUCUGUAGUUGAAACUGCACAUACGUAAUUCUUUUAAAAGAGCACGAUGCCUAAGGCGAAAUGGUCUUUGCUGGUUUAUCUAGACCCUUUGUUUAAUUCAAAGUUGACUUUUAGAAACCAGUUUCUUCAUGGCUCAAGUUUCAAAAGAACAUUUGAGAGCAUGGACUCACAGAAAUCUGGAUUCCAGCAGAACUAAAACUGUCUCAAUGAAUAUAGGUAUUGUCAUGAGGAGGGGGUCGCAAUGACUACUCCAAAUGAUUUGUGUCUUUCCACAAUGUCUUUAUUAAUUAUCAAUAUUAUAGGCACAUAAGUUCUUGGCUAUCCUGGACUCCAGAGAUCUCAAUUCACCAGGGAAAGCAAGCAAGCUAAGGGCAAGUGAGGGUGGUGUUUGAGUGUUGUUAUUUUCUGGUUCAGGCCAACGCUUGACCAUGCCAUCAUCGAUGGUUCGAAUGUCAAAUCAACCUCGAUCCCCGAGAAUCUCUCGUGGAUCUCUAUCACAUCUCUUGAGCACGAGGGCUUAUUAUCCCUUAGCUCUCACUGUAUGGCUGAAGGAACAUGUAUAGGAUCGGGAGUGAACUAAGAGUAGGCCCUGAUGAGCUGCCACAGCCCACGGCUGCCUAGCUCACUGAGUCUUGACCCUCAAUGUAUGACCGAGAUAACAGAGCAGCUAGAAUGUGUUUUAAACUAGGAGGAAGGUCGAGAGUAAGCCCAGGUGAGCUGCUGCAGCUCACUGCUUCCCAACCUCCAGGACCCUAGUCCUCAGUGUAUGACCGAGAUAGGCAAUGUCUCUAGGACUUGGGAGUAAGCCUGGGCAAGCUGCCACAGCCCAUUGCUUCCCAGUCCACAACGUAUGACUGAUUUGGCUCUGGUUAUGACUCUGAGCAAAGUUGAGUCUUCAUGUCCCUUCUUUAUACUGUUUGGAGCUCUUCGAGCCCGUUUGGUUGGUGUUGAUAAGUCCUUGUUUAUGACUUAGUUGGUCUCAGUGUCUUCUGUUGAUAAGGUUGUUUUUCUUCUCUAUAGGGUCUCUAUAAUAGAAACCCUGGUGGCGUAGUGGUUAAGUGCUAUGGCUGCUAACCAAAGGCUUGGCAGAUCGAAACCACCAGGCGCUCCUUGGAAGCUCUAGGGGGCAGUUCUACUCUGUCCUCUAGGUAGCUAUGAGUUGGAAUCAACUUGACGGCACUGGGAGGGGGGGCUAGGGUCUCUAUGAGUUGGAUUCGACUCAACGGCACUGGGUUUUUUGGUUUAGGUUGCAUCAUCUUCUUUAUCUCCUUUCUUCACAUGUUGUUUACUCCUACAUUUGCUUUCAGCUAACCUGCUCUCCACAGGUAUAUACACACAUAGUCCCUGUCUCUUUGUCUCUCUCUUACAUACACACACACAAACUCAGACACAUACACACACAAGACCAGUAUUUGUUUUCUAUUUGCAGUAAGUUUAAAGCCCAGGACCACAAUAAAAAUACACAGGUUUCAUUUUAAUCACUGAGAUUCCUUUAAAAGGAAAAAAAAAAGUAAAAACAAAACCGAAACCAGUUUUUCACAUCCUGACCCAAGCAUACAUUCAGGUCCUUCUGCCACACAGGCAGACACAGCCUGGGCUAGAGCUGUGAGUCACCAGCCUGCUGGACUCAGGGAAGGAAUCUACACCCAGGUUUCUCUGGAGCAACCUGAAGACAGGGGCUUGGUCUCAAGGAGACAGAAGCCCUGGCGGCGCAGUCGUUAAAGAGAUCGCCUGCUAACCUGAAGGUCAGCCGAUUGAAUCCACCAGACGCUCCCUGGAAACCCUAUGGAGCAGUUCUACUCUGUCCUACAGGGUCACUAUGAGUCGGAAUGGACUCCGCGACAACGGGUUUUGGUUUUCUGCCUUACCAAGUAUGAUGUGCUUUUCCAUGGACUAGCCUGACUGAUAACAUCUCCAAAGUAGGGAUCAGAUAAAGUCUAACAUUGUCAGUAAGAUACUUGUAAAAGAGCUAUGGCAUAACUAGGCGAGUCCUGGGAGGGAGAGGAAGGGUUGCAGACUGCACCAAAGGACACUGUCAGAGGGAGUGACAGCGUGCAAGGCAGCCAGCCAGGCGUGCGGGGCAAUGUGAGGCUGCGUGUCCUGCCACAGGCGUGGACCAAACAGCAUGUCUUAAAGAACAAUUAAAAUAAUUGCUGAUUUACCUUCAAACACACCUCUAGUUUGACCUUUGGAGUUCUGUAGUUGAAACUGCACAUACGUAAUUCUUUUAAAAGAGCACGAUGCCUAAGGCGAAAUGGUCUUUGCUGGUUUAUCUAGACCCUUUGUUUAAUUCAAAGUUGACUUUUAGAAACCAGUUUCUUCAUGGCUCAAGUUUCAAAAGAACAUUUGAGAGCAUGGACUCACAGAAAUCUGGAUUCCAGCAGAACUAAAACUGUCUCAAUGAAUAUAGGUAUUGUCAUGAGGAGGGGGUCGCAAUGACUACUCCAAAUGAUUUGUGUCUUUCCACAAUGUCUUUAUUAAUUAUCAAUAUUAUAGGCACAUAAGUUCUUGGCUAUCCUGGACUCCAGAGAUCUCAAUUCACCAGGGAAAGCAAGCAAGCUAAGGGCAAGUGAGGGUGGUGUUUGAGUGUUGUUAUUUUCUGGUUCAGGCCAACGCUUGACCAUGCCAUCAUCGAUGGUUCGAAUGUCAAAUCAACCUCGAUCCCCGAGAAUCUCUCGUGGAUCUCUAUCACAUCUCUUGAGCACGAGGGCUUAUUAUCCCUUAGCUCUCACUGUAUGGCUGAAGGAACAUGUAUAGGAUCGGGAGUGAACUAAGAGUAGGCCCUGAUGAGCUGCCACAGCCCACGGCUGCCUAGCUCACUGAGUCUUGACCCUCAAUGUAUGACCGAGAUAACAGAGCAGCUAGAAUGUGUUUUAAACUAGGAGGAAGGUCGAGAGUAAGCCCAGGUGAGCUGCUGCAGCUCACUGCUUCCCAACCUCCAGGACCCUAGUCCUCAGUGUAUGACCGAGAUAGGCAAUGUCUCUAGGACUUGGGAGUAAGCCUGGGCAAGCUGCCACAGCCCAUUGCUUCCCAGUCCACAACGUAUGACUGAUUUGGCUCUGGUUAUGACUCUGAGCAAAGUUGAGUCUUCAUGUCCCUUCUUUAUACUGUUUGGAGCUCUUCGAGCCCGUUUGGUUGGUGUUGAUAAGUCCUUGUUUAUGACUUAGUUGGUCUCAGUGUCUUCUGUUGAUAAGGUUGUUUUUCUUCUCUAUAGGGUCUCUAUAAUAGAAACCCUGGUGGCGUAGUGGUUAAGUGCUAUGGCUGCUAACCAAAGGCUUGGCAGAUCGAAACCACCAGGCGCUCCUUGGAAGCUCUAGGGGGCAGUUCUACUCUGUCCUCUAGGUAGCUAUGAGUUGGAAUCAACUUGACGGCACUGGGAGGGGGGGCUAGGGUCUCUAUGAGUUGGAUUCGACUCAACGGCACUGGGUUUUUUGGUUUAGGUUGCAUCAUCUUCUUUAUCUCCUUUCUUCACAUGUUGUUUACUCCUACAUUUGCUUUCAGCUAACCUGCUCUCCACAGGUAUAUACACACAUAGUCCCUGUCUCUUUGUCUCUCUCUUACAUACACACACACAAACUCAGACACAUACACACACAAGACCAGUAUUUGUUUUCUAUUUGCAGUAAGUUUAAAGCCCAGGACCACAAUAAAAAUACACAGGUUUCAUUUUAAUCACUGAGAUUCCUUUAAAAGGAAAAAAAAAAGUAAAAACAAAACCGAAACCAGUUUUUCACAUCCUGACCCAAGCAUACAUUCAGGUCCUUCUGCCACACAGGCAGACACAGCCUGGGCUAGAGCUGUGAGUCACCAGCCUGCUGGACUCAGGGAAGGAAUCUACACCCAGGUUUCUCUGGAGCAACCUGAAGACAGGGGCUUGGUCUCAAGGAGACAGGUCCUUCUGCCACACAGGCAGACACAGCCUGGGCUAGAGCUGUGAGUCACCAGCCUGCUGGACUCAGGGAAGGAAUCUACACCCAGGUUUCUCUGGAGCAACCUGAAGACAGGGGCUUGGUCUCAAGGAGACAGGUAAGUGAAAAAAAAAAAAAAAAAAAAAAAAGGAAGGAAAUGGCACACACAGAGAGAUAAAACAACAGACCCAGAGGCUAAAAUAGGAACAGAAAUUGAUGAAAAUAGGCACAGGGAGCAGAGUCAGAGGCACAGGGAGAGUAUGACAUGCUAAGAACACAAAUAUGUAUUUGACACGAUUACUGUUCAAAAAUCAAAGCUACAAGUCUGGGGGAAAAGAGAAAUUAAGAAACAUUUUGAUCAUUUGUAUUGUCAAAAACAAACCCAGCUUUAUGUAAGGAGAAACUUUAUUUGAAAGGAUGUUGCAAUAAGGGGAAGGGAAUCUUACAACAGGGAGAAUGUUCUUGACAAAAAUUUGAAAGCAUUUCAAAUAUCAGGCAGAGAAGUCUUCAUUUUCUGUUGCUGUUAGGUGCCUUGGAGUCGGUUCCCACUCACAGUGACCCCGAGCCGAGGUACAAUGGAAGGAAACACUCCCCAGUCUUGUGCAUCCUCACAAUUGUUGCUAUCUUUGAGUCCAUUGUUGAAGCCACUGUGUCAAUACAUCUUCUUGAGGGUUCUCCUCCUUUUCACUGACCCUCUACUUUACCAGAAGCCCUGGCGGCGCAGUCGUUAAAGAGAUCGCCUGCUAACCUGAAGGUCAGCCGAUUGAAUCCACCAGACGCUCCCUGGAAACCCUAUGGAGCAGUUCUACUCUGUCCUACAGGGUCACUAUGAGUCGGAAUGGACUCCGCGACAACGGGUUUUGGUUUUCUGCCUUACCAAGUAUGAUGUGCUUUUCCAUGGACUAGCCUGACUGAUAACAUCUCCAAAGUAGGGAUCAGAUAAAGUCUAACAUUGUCAGUAAGAUACUUGUAAAAGAGCUAUGGCAUAACUAGGCGAGUCCUGGGAGGGAGAGGAAGGGUUGCAGACUGCACCAAAGGACACUGUCAGAGGGAGUGACAGCGUGCGAGGCAGCCAGCCAGGCGUGCGGGGCAGUGUGAGGCUGCGUGUCCUGCCACAGGCGUGGACCAAACAGCAUGUCUUAAAGAACAAUUAAAAUAAUUGCUGAUUUACCUUCAAACACACCUCUAGUUUGACCUUUGGAGUUCUGUAGUUGAAACUGCACAUACGUAAUUCUUUUAAAAGAGCACGAUGCCUAAGGCGAAAUGGUCUUUGCUGGUUUAUCUAGACCCUUUGUUUAAUUCAAAGUUGACUUUUAGAAACCAGUUUCUUCAUGGCUCAAGUUUCAAAAGAACAUUUGAGAGCAUGGACUCACAGAAAUCUGGAUUCCAGCAGAACUAAAACUGUCUCAAUGAAUAUAGGUAUUGUCAUGAGGAGGGGGUCGCAAUGACUACUCCAAAUGAUUUGUGUCUUUCCACAAUGUCUUUAUUAAUUAUCAAUAUUAUAGGCACAUAAGUUCUUGGCUAUCCUGGACUCCAGAGAUCUCAAUUCACCAGGGAAAGCAAGCAAGCUAAGGGCAAGUGAGGGUGGUGUUUGAGUGUUGUUAUUUUCUGGUUCAGGCCAACGCUUGACCAUGCCAUCAUCGAUGGUUCGAAUGUCAAAUCAACCUCGAUCCCCGAGAAUCUCUCGUGGAUCUCUAUCACAUCUCUUGAGCACGAGGGCUUAUUAUCCCUUAGCUCUCACUGUAUGGCUGAAGGAACAUGUAUAGGAUCGGGAGUGAACUAAGAGUAGGCCCUGAUGAGCUGCCACAGCCCACGGCUGCCUAGCUCACUGAGUCUUGACCCUCAAUGUAUGACCGAGAUAACAGAGCAGCUAGAAUGUGUUUUAAACUAGGAGGAAGGUCGAGAGUAAGCCCAGGUGAGCUGCUGCAGCUCACUGCUUCCCAACCUCCAGGACCCUAGUCCUCAGUGUAUGACCGAGAUAGGCAAUGUCUCUAGGACUUGGGAGUAAGCCUGGGCAAGCUGCCACAGCCCAUUGCUUCCCAGUCCACAACGUAUGACUGAUUUGGCUCUGGUUAUGACUCUGAGCAAAGUUGAGUCUUCAUGUCCCUUCUUUAUACUGUUUGGAGCUCUUCGAGCCCGUUUGGUUGGUGUUGAUAAGUCCUUGUUUAUGACUUAGUUGGUCUCAGUGUCUUCUGUUGAUAAGGUUGUUUUUCUUCUCUAUAGGGUCUCUAUAAUAGAAACCCUGGUGGCGUAGUGGUUAAGUGCUAUGGCUGCUAACCAAAGGCUUGGCAGAUCGAAACCACCAGGCGCUCCUUGGAAGCUCUAGGGGGCAGUUCUACUCUGUCCUCUAGGUAGCUAUGAGUUGGAAUCAACUUGACGGCACUGGGAGGGGGGGCUAGGGUCUCUAUGAGUUGGAUUCGACUCAACGGCACUGGGUUUUUUGGUUUAGGUUGCAUCAUCUUCUUUAUCUCCUUUCUUCACAUGUUGUUUACUCCUACAUUUGCUUUCAGCUAACCUGCUCUCCACAGGUAUAUACACACAUAGUCCCUGUCUCUUUGUCUCUCUCUUACAUACACACACACAAACUCAGACACAUACACACACAAGACCAGUAUUUGUUUUCUAUUUGCAGUAAGUUUAAAGCCCAGGACCACAAUAAAAAUACACAGGUUUCAUUUUAAUCACUGAGAUUCCUUUAAAAGGAAAAAAAAAAGUAAAAACAAAACCGAAACCAGUUUUUCACAUCCUGACCCAAGCAUACAUUCAGGUCCUUCUGCCACACAGGCAGACACAGCCUGGGCUAGAGCUGUGAGUCACCAGCCUGCUGGACUCAGGGAAGGAAUCUACACCCAGGUUUCUCUGGAGCAACCUGAAGACAGGGGCUUGGUCUCAAGGAGACAGGUCCUUCUGCCACACAGGCAGACACAGCCUGGGCUAGAGCUGUGAGUCACCAGCCUGCUGGACUCAGGGAAGGAAUCUACACCCAGGUUUCUCUGGAGCAACCUGAAGACAGGGGCUUGGUCUCAAGGAGACAGAAGCCCUGGCGGCGCAGUCGUUAAAGAGAUCGCCUGCUAACCUGAAGGUCAGCGGAUUGAAUCCACCAGACGCUCCCUGGAAACCCUAUGGAGCAGUUCUACUCUGUCCUACAGGGUCACUAUGAGUCGGAAUGGACUCCGCGACAACGGGUUUUGGUUUUCUGCCUUACCAAGUAUGAUGUGCUUUUCCAUGGACUAGCCUGACUGAUAACAUCUCCAAAGUAGGGAUCAGAUAAAGUCUAACAUUGUCAGUAAGAUACUUGUAAAAGAGCUAUGGCAUAACUAGGCGAGUCCUGGGAGGGAGAGGAAGGGUUGCAGACUGCACCAAAGGACACUGUCAGAGGGAGUGACAGCGUGCGAGGCAGCCAGCCAGGCGUGCGGGGCAGUGUGAGGCUGCGUGUCCUGCCACAGGCGUGGACCAAAAAUGUGGACACCCAGGGGCCCACCUGCAACCAGGAGCCCACCUCCACGCCCAUGCUUGGGCCCCCAUCCAACAGCUCAGCCACAGCGCUCCUGCGAGGCCUUAGAGCACUGGCUCAGCGGCUGAUCUCCCUCCACCCCACUGCCCGCGAGAGACUGGACUUUUAAGAACCCCACCCCGGACUGCCCUCCUCCCUCGCGUGAUGGCGCCAGGACCCGCCAGUUGGGUGACCCUCGGACCCUUCGCACGCAACUCCAGGCACCUCGCCCCACUCCGAUUGGGGUGGGGACGGGCCGCAUGACCUCUGCCACUGGAGGAAUGUGCCAGCCGCACGCUCGCUCGCCUGAGGAGAGAGCGGGCGGGGUGCCGCAGGGCGCUGGAAGGGCCCUCUCUCCCCGGGCCCCCUCUUCUUCCCCUUCUGGGCCCCAUGGCUUCACUCUAAGCCUUUCCAUUGCCACCCGGAGCUCGCCGCGCACCUGCCUACUCUCUGCCCCGCCAAAGCGCUAGCUAAGCCUGUGCAGCUAAGGGAUCUGGGGCGGUGGAUCUGGGGCGGAGCCUAAGGUGGCCCUAGAGGCGGCGCCGAGCCGCUAGAGAGCGCUCGGGGAGACUGCGUGCCGCCACCCAUUCCCAGCCCUUGGUCCAGAAGAGCAAAGGCCUGUCAGGCGCCCGGGCUCUGGGAAUCAGGGCUAGUCCACUGGUGCCUCUGGCCUUCCUGCUGUCGAGCUUCUCACCCGAGGCUGGACUCAGUGACCCCAGGAAGGACCUCGUCAUCCACCAGCCCCGCCUGUGCUGUGGGUUUACAGGGUGAUUUCAGAAACCAGUUUCUUCAUGGUUCAAGGUUCAAAAGGACAUUUGAGAGCAAUGCACCCACGGAAAUCUGGAUCCCAGCAGAAUUAAAACUGUUUCUCAAUGAAUAUAGGUGUAUACGUACAUAGUCUCCGUCUGUCUCUCUUACACACACAUGCAAACACAGACACAUACACACACAAGACCAAUAUUUAUUUUUUAUUUGCAGUAAUUUUGAAGCCCAGGAAUCACAAUAAAAAUAUACUCGUUUCCUUUUAAUUACCAAGAUUUCUUUAAAAUGAAAAAAAAAAAAAAGUAAAAACAAAACUGAAACCGGUUUUUCACAUCCUGACCCAAGCAUACAUUCAGGUCCUUCUGCCACACAGGCGGACACAGCCUGGGCUGGAGCUGUAAGUCACCAGCCUGCUGGACUCAGGGAAGGAACCUACUCUAUAUCCAGGUCCCUUGGGAGCAACCUGGAGACAGGAGCUUGGUCUCAAGGAGACAGGUGAAGGGAGAAACACAAUACAGGUGAGCUCAGCACAACUGGACCAAACCAAACCUAAGAAGUUUUCUGAAUUUAACCAAAUGCUUCAAAGGCCAGAGUAGCAGGGACAGGGUCUGGAGACCAAUGGUUUCAGGUGACAUCUAGUUCAACUGGCAUAACAAAAUGUAUUAAGAAAACAUUCUUCAUCCCACUUUGGUGAGUGGCGUCUGGCGUCUUAAAUAGAAGCAAGUGGCCAUCUAAGAUGCACCAAUUGGUCUCAACCCACCCGAAGCAAAGGAGAAUGAAGAACACCAAAGACACAAGGUAAAUAUGAGUUCAAGAGACAGAAAGGGCCACAUAAAAAAGAGACUCCAUCAGCUUGACCAGAAGAACUACAUGGUGCCUGGCUACCACCAAUGCCUGCCCUGAAAGGGAACACAACAGAGAAUCCCUGAUGGACCAGGUGAAUGGUUGCAUGAAGAUCUCAAAUUCUCAUAAAAAGGCCAGACUUUAUGGUCUGACUGUGACUAGAGGGACACCCUAUUAGCCCAAGACUGAAACCAUUCCUGAAGUCAACUCUUCAAACAGGGAUUUUGCUGGACUACAAGACAGAAAUGAUACUGGUGAGGAGUGAGCUUCUUGGCUCAAGUAGACACAGAAGACUAUGUGGGCUGCUCCUGUCUGGAGGUAGAGAGAUCCUGGGCUGGAGCUGUGAGUCACCAGCCUGCUGGACUCAGGGAAGGAACCUACUCUACAUCCAGGUCUCUCUGGAGCAACCUGAAGACAGGAGCUUGGUCUCAAGGAGACAGUCAUGGACACAGCAGAGUCCAUCCCUGAUGAACACCUGCUCAAAAGAGAAAAGAGGCAAGAUCUCCAAGAGAUGCUGACAGAAGUGGGGCUGGCUGCUGAGUACUGGUUGCCCACACUGCAGGAACAACUGGGCGUGACCUGUGCCCAAGCUUUACAACACCUAGAAGAAAAAGACCUCUUGAAGCUAAAAUCCCAGGCACAACAUUCUUGGGAAACAGGGGCCCUGGAGAAACUGCUUAAUCUAUCACACUCAAAUAGCCUUUCAAAGUUACAGGAGUCUCAGAAGGAGAAGCAAAAACAGGCACAGCAGGAGCUACAGGGGCUGAAGGACUUCGUUUCAGAAGGGAGGCAGCAACAAGAAGAGACAGAGAGGACAAAAGAAGCACAGCUGAGGCAGGCAAUGGAGAUCCCAAGAGAGUACUGGCCACCCCCCAAGGAACCUCUAACGGAAGUCAUGGAAAACACGUGGAAACAUCUCAACCUCAUGGAGUGGACAUUGCCAAAGAGGCAAAACCUCCCAGAUGGAGAUCUGGUCAGAUGGGCAUCUGGAGGGCUAGCCCUGCAGGGAAUUUAUAAAACCAAAUACCAAAAGGACCUGAUAGAGAAGAGAGAGGAGCUGCUCUGUCUCCCCAAGAAUUUCUCAGUCUUUGGCCCUCAGCAGGGUGCCCAGAUGGAAACAAAGGAAUUUUCCUCUUCUCAAGCAGAAUCUAUGUUCACCCGGUCUUUAGAGAAGCUGGGUUUCAGUGUCAUAGCCUCAGUCAAUGGUGGAGGGUGGGGAUUCAGCCUGGAAGCAAAUAUGGAUCACAACCAACAUUCAGAAUCUCAGGAGAGCCAACAGUCACAUUCUGAGCACUCUUAUUUCUGCACAAUCAAGUUCAGCUAUAUCCCAUUGGCCUCUUGCUACUUUCCCAUUGACCAGCUCCAGUUCUCCAAUGCUGCUCUGCAGGAACUGAAAUGCAUUGAAGACCUUCUGGGACAACCUGAAGGCCCAGACACGCUCCUCUUGUUGAGGUGCCGGACAGAGGCCUUUUUCCACAAGUUUGGCUCUCAUGCUAACCAGGGCCCUCUGCACCUGGGAGGAAUCUACUGGUGGAAGGCUGUUUCAGAGGGUUUCCAAAGUGAGCAGCUUGCAGAAGUGAAGCAGCAGUCAGCAGAGGCCCUGGAUAUUUAUAUAAGGGGCAGCUACAGUGGCAUUGGAAAGAAAAUUGCUGCAGGUGUGAACGUUUCAGACUCUCAUUCAAAAAUGGCCUCUCAGAGCAUAAACUUCCAGAAUCUCCAAACCAAAGUCCAAUUAUCUGUGACUCACACAGGUGGUCCACCAGAAGCAGACGACCUUGCCCAGUGGAAAGCUGGGCUUAUUGCCAGCAAUCAAACCUGGUGUGUCAUUGACCGGGGACUUCAGCUGGUGCCCAUUUGGGACAUCAUCCUCUCCAGCCACAGAAGUGAUUUUAAGGAUCCUCUUCUGGUGGCUAACUGCCUGAAAGACAGCUACACUGCUCUGACUGGCCUCACUGCCCAGAUUCAAGAUGGAGAGGAAUUCCUCAGUGCUGUUAAGGAAGCUAAGGUUUUCCUAGAGGAUGUGAAAUCCUGGGAGGUAUCUGACCCUGAAGAACAACUUAAAAAAGUGAUAAACUUCAUGCAAAUAUUGAAUCAGAAAAUUAAAAAUUAUGAUACCUGGAUUAACAUAUGCCUCACAGAUUGCAAUAUGCAGAAUUUUCUGGUGAACAUUGUCAACUCUUGCAAAGAAUCUUCCACUCAUAAUACUAAAUUUAUUAAGUCACAGUUGCGCCUUCUCCUGGAUCCUCACAUCUACAGAGUAACGGACUUUCCUCAGACUCACUCCAUCAUGCAGUGGAUCUUCCAGUCAGAAUCACACCAAGAGCAGUCCAACAUCUCUCAUUUUUCUGAAUUAAUUAAAACCCUAAAAGAUAUCCAGAAUGACUUCAUGGAAAUAAUGAUCAAAUCUGAGUUGCAGGAAACAGUAGAGGACGCUCAAAGAAAGGCCACUUAUGAGGUCAGCUUGUCUCUCAAUGCCUUCUUGGAGAACCUUCGAGAAACAGACCAGCCAGACACACAGCUCUUACUACUUUGCAUUGCAUCUGGUGCAGGAUAUCAUGUGGUGAACAAUACUUUUCAGUAUCUCCUGGGGUUUGAUGAAUUAGACUACCUGCUGCAUGAAAUGCAAACAGCCCAUGAUAAAUACCAGGAGCUCAGAAAUCUUUGCAGCUACAGGGCUCAGGCAUUCCUGGUGCUCACAGGGCUGACAACCACAGUUGGAAUCACAGCUAUUUCUGAAGAGGAGAAAUCAAAACGCUUGUCAUUAAUGAGACAUCAUAUGGAACAAUCACUCUCUAAAGAAGUUGCACAUGUUCUCACCAAACUUGGGGCACAUCACAACUGGGAAAACCUAGAGAAAGACUUGCAAUUGCUCAUUGAUGGAGAUUAUGAAGCCACCGUAUCUUCUCUGCAAAUGGAGGACAUAAAAAAACAAUUGAAAAGUCUCAGCCAUACAAAUAAACAGCCCCAUGUGGCAGAUGAUAAUAGAAAUAACAGAACAAAACUGAUAGAAAAUGGAGCCUUCCUAAGCUUGCUACAGCGUCUAGGACUAGAGCAUCACUACCCAAAGAGGCUGGGGAGAGCUGACUUCCAUCUGAUUUGUAAAAACUCUGUAUACAACACACAGCCCAGUUCUGAACAAGAGCUUCCAUUUUAUUUUCUGCAGAAGCUGCUGGUGCUCGAUUAUGAGCUGAGAUACCUGGUUUUCAAAGAUGGUAGAAACACAGAAGGCCCAGUUUAUCUAAGCCAGGGAAAUGAGGCUUUUGACCCAUAUGAAGAGAUUUUUGAAGACAGUGACAAUGCCAUUAAUCCUUCAGCCCCUAAUCAGAGAUGCCGCAUUCACCCAAUGGAUAUUCAGAUGGCAAUUUAUCACUGUGCAGAUGAUUUGGCCAGGCAAUAUAUUUUAGCCAAACUUUCCACUUGUCAAUUUGCCCUUCCUCUUGUGGUGCCCAAUCCCUGCUCUUCUCAGAUUGAAUUCUCUCUCUGGUCUCUCAGUCAAAUUAGACGAAGUUGGCAGCAAGCAGGAAAAUCAGCAAAUGGGAAGAACAAUUACAAGAAUAUGCAGAUGUGUCGUGUAUCUACCUCCAUUGUGUCCUUCAUUCGAGUUGGAAAUGGCUUCUCUGCUUCCAAAUCUCAGAUCAUGAACUCUCUUCUCAGUAAACAUAAACACGAUGUCUUCUUUCACAGACACUGCAGUGGGAGCAGCAAAGACUGUCUGUUGAUGGAGGGUGUGGUAGAAAUCUGCUGGUUCUGUCCAGGGGGCAAAGAUAAGGACAGAUUUGACAAGUGUGUGACCUUCACCAAUCUCCAUGGAGAUGCAAAGGAACAUGAACAACAGCUCACUUUCCUGCAGGAAGUCUCUUCUCUCAUUGUGGUCCUCAUGUCAGCUUCUGAUAGCAAUAAAGAAAACCGAAAAAUUGUUUGUGACUUGAGUCAGUCAUCAAAGCCUUUGAUCUGUUUGCUCGAUGACAAAGAAAAAAAAAGAACCAAUAAUUCCAGCCAGAAAGUGAGAAUUGGGAUCAAGAACAGAAAUGAGGCAGAAUUAACAGAAGAGCUCACGUGUACAAUCAGACGUUUACUAGAGCUAUCUGACACAACUCUCAGCUUAGAGGACUGUGCCCCUAUUGCUCGUAAGCAAGGCUUCCUAAUAGAUGAAGACCAGAGGGAUUGCACAGAAGCCAAAGAAAAGGCACAGACUCUAAAUGCCCUCUUGGGAGAAAUGGAGUUAUCUAAGAUAAAGGAAAACUUACUACCCCUUCAGGGAAAACUGUGGCACCUUUGGUGUAAGAAGGACAAAGAACUCUAUCAUCUCAGAGAGAAGGGGAACCGGAGUAUUGAACAACAUAAGAGUGAGAUUGAGACAGACAAACAAAGAAUACGACAUAAGCAGUUGAGGAAGGCCUUUCCUCUCAAUGCUUUAAUGAGAUCUUUCCUUGAAAUAUUGCAAGAUCAUUCAGAAACCCACAAGAAACUCUACUUCCUGCAGUGGUUAAGUGUGUUUUUGGACAACCUGAGUGUAGUGCACCUGGAAAAACUGCAUGAGAUGCAAAGUUCUUUGUGGUCACUGGUACAAACUGAAAAGCAAAAGGCACCAAACAGCAACUCCCUCAGACACUGGCAGGAUGAGAUAGAAGCCAUCUCAAUGAACAUUACUGACCGUACUUUGGGAACUGAGCACCUUCUCAGAGAAGUUGGACAGAUCUAUGAAGCACUGGAAGAAGCUUGCUCCACAAGUGAUGCCCUUUUUCUCUCCCUUCCCCAAAUUGCAGCUGACCUGAUGAUAUCUGGGGUUCCCAUUGAGCUGAUGGAUGGUGACACUUCCUAUGUCCCUCUGAAGUGGGUGGCAGCUGUUUUUGACAAGGUCUCUGAGAAACUUGGAGACAAACGGCUAUUUGUACUCUCUAUUCUUGGGCUACAGAGCUCAGGAAAGUCCACCCUUCUGAAUGCACUUUUUGGACUGCAGUUCACUGUCAGUGCAGGGAGGUGUACCCGGGGCGCCCACAUGCAACUCCUAAAGGUAGAGGAGUCAUUCAAAGAGGAACUUGGCUUUGAGUUUGUCCUUGUUGUAGACACAGAAGGACUUCGGGCACCAGAACUCAGCACCAAGUCACAGAAUUGGGAUAAUGAGUUAGCAACCUUUGUCAUUGGACUCGGAAACUUGACUCUGAUCAAUAUUUUUGGAGAGAAUCCAUCAGAGAUGCAGGAUAUUCUACAAAUAGUUGUGGAAGCCUUUCUUAGGAUGAAACAAGUAAAAAUCUCCCCAAGUUGCCUAUUUGUCCAUCAGAAUGUGGGAGAAGUUACAGCUAAAGACCAAACUAUGGAAGGACGAAGGCGGCUAGAGCAGAGACUAGAUGAAAUGGCAGCAACAGCGGCUCAACAAGAACAGUGCUCGGAUGUAACUUGCUUCAGUGAUGUCAUUAAGUUUGAUGUCAGCACUCAUGUGUACUACUUUGCUCACCUCUGGGAUGGCAAUCCGCCAAUGGCCCCUCCUAAUACUCAUUAUAGCCACAAUGUCCAGGAGCUGAAAAGCAGAAUUCUUGGGACUGCUAAGAAGGAAUCCAGGGGCACCAUUAUGAAGAUAUCAGAAGUAAAAUUCCGAGUUCAAGAUUUAUGGAGGGCUCUCUUGAGUGAAAACUUUAUUUUCAGCUUCAGGAACACCCAAGAGGUCAUGGCCAUGAGCAGACUGGAAACCAUGUAUAACCACUGGACCUGGGAGUUAAGGAGUCAUGUGCUGGGCUUGCAGAACAAGCUGUACAACAAGAUUCAGAAUGAAAAAAUCCAGACACUCAGAGCCAGGGAAGUUGAAGCUCCAGUGACAGAAAAAUAUGACACCAUUAAGCAAGCCCUUGAAAAAUUUUUUAAUGAAGACCCAGGUAAUGAAACAUUGGUUCAGUGGAAAGCAAGGUUUGAAAAUAAGUUGAGAGUUCUUAAAGAGGCACUUGUUUCAGAUAUCAAAAGAAAAGCUGAGGGACUUAUUUUUUUAAAGAAAAGCCAAGAAAAACUCAAUGAAAAAAAGUCAGUUUAUGAAAAUGACAUCUUGGAAAGAAGCAGACAUUUGGCUUUAACUGUAAAGGGUAAGGAACUGAGUGAGGAAGAUCUGCACAAGAAAUUCAGUCAACUUUGGAAAGAAUGGGUCUGUGAUGUAGCCUCAACCCUGCCUCCUGCCAUCGAGCCUGACAUUGAUGUGGAUUCUGAAAACAUUCUUUUAGAAUAUUUCAAUAAUAAGAAAAACAUAGUGGACAUUUUAAACAAUAGUUCUGAAGAGAUGUUUCAAAUUAAGUAUGAUAUACAUAUCGAAAUGAGGCAGACUAUGUUAGGAUGGAGAAGGUCAAUAGAGACCUAUGAUGAAGAGUCCAUAAAAAUGACUACUAAUUACAUUUUUUCAAGAUUUACUGAAAUUAUUCAUAAUGUUAGAAGCCAACGGUGUGAUUACAAUCCAAGUUAUUUCUACGAAAUCUUGAGAAUGAUAGAAGAGGAGGUGACAUCUGCAUCCACUGAGGAAAGCUACACAUUCACAAGUAGAUAUAAAAUUGACUUAUCUUUGUGUUUGUUCCAAAGAGCAUCAGAGAUUUUUAAGCAGGUGCACAGGGAAUUCAAGAGAGCCAAUGAUCCUGUAAACUAUCUGGAAAGCAAGAAAGAUGAUUUCUUCAUGAGUUUUAAGAUCUCCUGCCAAGGAGCAACUUCCAUCAAAGCGUUUGUUGAAUUUCUGUGGCAUAAGCUCAUUCCCGCUAUCUCCACCACCAUAUGGAAUAAAAUGCCCUCUAAAAUGGCUGGGGAUAUACGAGCUACCUUCCCUGCGUUCAAUGGGAACAGGGCUAAUCUGGAGAAACACAUUCUCAUCUGUCUAGCAGAAGAAGAAAACUUUGAUAAUUACUGUGAGUACCUUCAUAAUCCAAAAUAUUUCUUUAGGAAUUAUAUUGAAAAAAAUAUUCGAAUAUAUUUUUCAGGCAAAGGAGGUGAAAAAAUGAAGACUUUUUUAAAAAUCAGUUUAGAUGACAUAAAAAAUGUCAUACUCUCUGCCAUUCAUGAAUCCACUGCAAUAGUUAAAGAUAAAAGAAGUACUGCAUCUGAAUGGUUGGAUUUAUUCUGUGAUCACUUGGAAAAUAACUUGGUCUUUCCACGAAAAGACUUGGUAAGCAUUGAACAUCAGGAGAUAAAUGAUAUUCAGUUUUUCAAGGAAGUAAUGAGUGAAGCUUUAGAUCCCGCAAUGGAAAGAGUAGAACAGAAUUGUUUGAGUAUGUCUGUAGAGGAAAUGGUUCCUGAAAUUGAGAAAAUGCUGUCUGAGCAUCUCUGUGGUUGCUGGAAACAGUGUCCUUUCUGCAGAGCAGUUUGUACGAACACAAUUCCUGCACAUGAAGGAGACCACAGUGUUUCUUUCCACCGUCCUCAGGCUGUGAUUGGAUCAGGGUGGUGUAUGAAAAUAUUCAAUAAGUGGGCUAAAACAAAGCAGUUUGUCAUUAAUACCUGUUCUAGUUUGGUAGCAAGUGAUCGUUUUUUGCUUUUGAACAAUGGCUCUGAAAUCCUGUAUAAGAACUAUCGACAGAGAGGUGGGGAUUGCGCCCAAUGGAGUAUCACCCCAGACUCAUCCAUGCAGCCAUACUGGAAAUGGUUUGUCUGUCAUUUCAGAUCAAACCUAGAAGAAAAAUAUCAGAAAAGAUUCACAGGUAUAGGUAAAAUUCCGGAUGCAUGGGCUAAAAUCACAAAGCAGGAUGUGCUGGAUGACUUAAAAAAACAAUAAUCCUCAUGAUCACAUGAAAGUUGUCAUACUCGGACAAUUCUAAACACCUCUUCUCACAAUGAAAACUUUUUAUUUAUUUUGAAAAUGGAGCAUAUAAAAAUAAAUCAAUAACAAACAUCUCAUUAAGAUAAGAUUUCUGGCAAUGAAUCUUAUUUUUCUCUGCUUUGCCUCAUUUUAGUUCUUAAAAAAUUUGUUAAAUUGUGUAAUAUACAAUAAAUAUUUAAAAUACCUGUUUAUGUUUUAAAAUAAUCAUUUGAAUGAUGCUCCUAUAUUAGAAAAGAUUACAUUUACAGAAGAAAUCUUACAUAUUCGAAUCUGGGAAUUUCUAAGACACAAUUAUAUAACAUUUCAAAAAUACCAAUGUAUGAAUAUCAAAUCACAAGUAUUAGCUAAAAAUCUGUUUUCUCUUUUUGAUGUAGUUUUUUUUUCACAAACAGCUUGUUUUUGCCUACUGAAGAACUGAAGCAAAAAUUGCUGUUAAUCCUUAAAAGGAAAGAAAAAAUCGUGGGAAUUCAUGGUUUCAAAGCAUAUGAUCUUUAGGUGACCAGAAUGGAGUCUGCACUUAUUUGGAAAGAUAACUGUUAUCAAGUAGACACAGAAUAUACACAGAAUUUAAUGAUUAUCUUUCCCUUCUGUAAUCUCUUAGUGGCUCUUCCCCUGUGCAAGGUAAAAAGAGGAAAGAUUCAGAAAAUAAAAAACUGAGAAAAGAACAUAUUGAUUCUCAGCAUGAGAGUUUGAGUGACAACAUAGAGCUAUGUACAAAUCUAAGGGGAACUAGAUUCGGGAAGAAGUUUGAGGAUAAAGGAAGAAGUAUCAUUUUAAUCAAAUUUUUACACAAGUUUAGAAUUUGAUUAAUGAAAAAUAAUGUUGAUUUUUUUUUUAAGGACACAGUUAAAACAAAAUCUUUCCUAAUCAUUAAAUUGAAUUAGACUCCAGCUUUUCAAUAAAAUCACCUUUUUAAAAAUUACAAAGCAGAAAAAAGCUCAUCUCCGAAUUAUGCUCAUGAAAGUUUUUCAUACCAUUUGAGCAACAAGAUCAUGACCACAACAACUAUCAAGCACAGCUGAAACCGGCCAAGGGGCAGAGAUUAAAGGAAUACAUUCUCCAGGGCCACAUCUCAACAUCUAAACAAUCAGAGAUAGUGGCUGAUAUGAGAUUCUCAAGACCUGAUCUACUGGAAUUCUGAUGUGUUGGAGAGUUUCUUUAUUCUGGACAUACAGGCAUUCUUGGACUUCCUUUUACUAGUAUAACCUAUACCUUCCCUAAAGCAGAUGAGACAGCCCAGGACUGACAGUGGAUCCUCCAAUGGGAACAGUAAUGGAAGGACUUGGGUUCUUAGAGAUGGGAGAUAAGAAUGCUGAUCCUUUGGCUCAGGAGAAACAAAUGAUUCUGCUUCUUUGGUCCCCUCAAGGGGCUUCAGUGUUUCUCACAAUCUGUUUUAGGACAUGUAGCAGCUAUGGAAAAUCCAUGUCUCCCGCAGCAAUUCAUGGAGGCAAAAUAUUUAUGAGGGAGAAACAAGGACUGCUUAACAGUGUGGUUUUCCCUCUGCACUUUGGAAGAGGAAUUCUGGUGAGAUGAGCAAGCACUUCCUGAUGUAAUAAAGUUGGAGUGAUGUAUAAUUGUAGUUAGAAACAAAGCCCAUUUCAUAGGAAGAUGCCUGUCUCCCAGUGUCAGUAAAAAAAUUCUCAGGAGGCAUUUUGGGGACUGGAGAGAUUAAAAAGGCAGACCCAGAAGCAUAGCUAGGGUGGGGAGUACAGGACAUGGUCAACAUUUGUAAACGUAAAAUGGUGACAUCCUAGCUGUUAUGCCUAUGAUUUGCAACUCAUAGUGACCCCAUAGGGUUUCCAAGGCUAUAAAUCUCUAUGGGCCCCUCAAUACGAAAGCAGGAGUAUAAAAUACAAACUAGGAUCCUUUUUUCACACCUGAGUUACCCACCCUGAACAUGAUUGUGAGCUCCACGAAGGCAAGAAAUACGACUUUGUUUUCAUCAUUGUAUCAUUGAAAACUAUGCAAUACUCAAUAGACACAUGUUGAACAAAAUAAAGGCUACUGUUUAUAAAAUCUGUUUUCUGAACUCUAUUACUUACGUUAACUAAAAGUGUCAGAAUAUAAUAUAUAAACUUUAAUUUUCAAGCCUGAAUUGGUAUAAAAUUUUAAAUGCCUU